AUGAUUUUUUAUCAAGUUAAAUCUAAUGAGCCUCCACUACAAUGUUGGAAAUGUGAAAUUACAGUUCAAUCAGCAGAUAAGAAUGGAGUAUUUCUUGAUGAUUGUAGAGGUGAAUUUGAUUUUACACAACAUACAAAAGAAGAAUGUGAUGGUAAAUGUUGGAAAUCAGUUGAUUUAAUUGAUACAAAACGAUAUGAAAACAAUAGUCAAAUUGGAUUAUUACUAAAACAUAUUAAUCAAUCGAAACGUAAAUCAAGUCGUCGAUGUUUUACUGCUAAUGAACUUGUACGAGCUUCUGAAAUGGGUGUUAAUACAUCAGAUGGAUGUCAACAAGUGAAAAAAGAUGAUACAAAAAUGAAAGAAAUGUCUACAACUUCCGGAGUUAAUGCUCGAUCACCAGCAGCUAUUUAUUCAUGUUUAAUUAGAAAUAAUAGUGAUGCUGAAAUUGAUGUACGAAUUAAAUUUGCUGGCAUAGAAGAUCAUCAUGAUGAAAUAGCUGAUAUUGAAUUAGCAAAAGGUGAAGAAGAACGAAUAGAUGAAAAAGAAUUUCAACAUGGAGAAUCUGAUGGAAAAUAUCAUAAAACAGUUCAAUCAGUUCGUGUUCGAAGAUAUGAUGGAUCAACAAUUGAAUUAACGAAACCAUUUGAUGGUGUUACAUCGCCAAAAAAAGAUUGGAUUUUUGAAAUUGAUAAUGAUUCAAUUAAAUCUGUUGAUCCAAACAAAAAGUAA